UCAGUUGUAGAGUGAACGCCAAGCGACGCGAGUGAUUUGAGGCCAAGCUUAUAAAAUAAAUAAAUAACAUACAUAACAAUUUUGAUUUUGGAACUGCGCAAUGUGGUGGACGUUGUUUUGCCUACUUCUGCCCUUAUUGGGUCAACUACAGGCAGCUGAUCAAGCCUAUGAAACGCUACGAGAACGCAUUAUGAAGGCCGAGCAAUUGGCCUCGCUAGGCGGUAAUCUCUGGCUCUCUUCCGACGAGGAGAAGGCCAACAGCAUUCUGAUGAAUGCGAAGCGCGCCGAGAUUGCCGAGGGCAUCAAGAAUCCCGAGAAAUAUCCACCUGCCAUGCACUUCUUCCAGGGCAAACAAUAUGUGAGGCAAAGCGAGGUGUUUCGGAUUAUACAAAAGAUGCCCAAGGGCGCCUUUCUCCAUGGACACAACACGGCCAUGGUCAGUUCCCGUUGGAUUAUCACCAAUCUGACCACAACCAACAAUCUCUACACAUGUCGCGACAUCAACGGGCUGCUAAUCUUCACCUAUGAUCCCGCCAAUUCCAAUUGCCACAGCGAGGAGCAAAAUGUGUGCACGGAGCGCAUCAAUGCCGAGGAUCGGCAUCAAUACGAACGACAGCUGGAGAGACACAUCAACAUGCACAGCACAAAGCCUGAGUCGCUUUUGCCACAUACGCAGAAAAUUUGGCAACGCUUUGAGAACAUAUUCACCACUGUGGAUCAGCUUUACAAGUAUCAGCCCACCUAUUGCGCCUUCCACAAGCGACUGCUGGAGGAGCUCUGCGAGGACAACAUCAUCUAUGCUGAGAUACGUGCUUCACUCUCGCCUCUUUAUGAUGACAACAAUCGCACUUAUAGCUCGCUGGAUGUGGCCAAUCAAUUGGAACGUAUUGUGGAGGAGUUUAAAGCCAAACAUCAGGACUUUGUGGGUCUUAAGGUGAUCUAUGCGAAACGCAAUCGAGCAUCAGAGGAAAAAAUGGGCAACCACAUAAGGACGUUCAAACAGUUGCACGCUGCCAAACCGAACUUCAUCAUAGGCUUCGAUAUGAUUGGACACGAGGACUCAGGCAACAUGCUGAGCAAGUACGUCAAUGAGUUCUCCGAUUUACCCAACACUGCCAACUACUUUUUCCACGCAGGCGAGACAAAUUGGUAUGGCCGCACCGACUGGAAUAUGAUGGAUGCCAUACUGCUGAACACAAAGCGCAUUGGCCACGCCUUUGCGUUGCCCAAGCAUCCACAAUUAUGGUCCACCAUCAAGAAGCGCAACAUUGCCAUAGAGGUAAAUCCGCUGUCCAAUCAAGUUCUUGGCUACAUUUGGGAUUUGCGCAAUCAUCCCGCCAGUUUUCUGAUUGCUGAGAAUUUCCCCAUCAUCAUCUCGGCCGAUGAUCCUGGAGUCUGGGGCGCCAAGGGACUCAGCUAUGAUUUCUACUACGCUUUCAUGGCCAUGGCCCCAGCUGAGGCAGAUUUGCGUUUCCUCAAGCAGCUAGCGCUGAACUCCAUUAAAUAUUCGGUGCUGACGCCGCCGGAGCGACGCAAGAUAAAUCGUGUGUUCCAACGAAAGUGGACAGAGUUUAUAGCAAACAUUUUGAAUCCCAAGUUUAAGUAG